AUGGAUUGCUUACCAGAUAAUUAUAAGAAAUUUGACGAUAAAUGUAUUGUAAGAUCUAAUUUAAAAUCAAAAGACGAUGUCGAGUCAGCUGCUAGUGGUAUUCCUUUAGGCUGUGUUUUAAGUAGCAGUCAAAAGGCAGAUGUGUUUCGCUUAGGUGUUGUUGCUUUGUUUGAAAUCUUACCUAUUAAAGUAGCUCCUUCAGUCAUAAUAACUGAUGACGAUUUAGAAGAAAACUUAAAUGAUGCGAAAAAGCAGUUCGAAGAAUUUUCCAAAUAUCCAAAAUUUACUGAAUAUGUGAAAUCAAUGAUAGAACGGAUCGAGUUAUGGUUGCUGAAAGAUAUAGCGUUAGAAAGAACUAAAGCCUUCAAUUUAACGCAGUUGUCGUAUUUUAUAGUAAAUAAUUUUGAAUGUUAUUAUAAGCAACGGCUUUUAGAUGUGGUUUUAAACAGAGUGACAAAGUCCACAAAAUUACGGUACAUCCAUGAUGGUAAAGAUGUUUUACCGUCAAGUAUUGUCAAAAGAGGUAAUUUGGAGUUUAGCGUAACUUCUUCUAAAAAUAAAGAUGUUACAUACAUAGUUGAUAUGAUGUCUUUCCGAUGCAGUUGUUAUGUUAGAUACAAUGGAAAGCACUGCAAGCAUCAGGCUGCUGUAGCAAAAAAAGAAAAUAUUAUUUCUUGUGUGAACACCUUAUCUCUUGACAUGAAAAUGAAGCUUUAUGUAGUAGCGUGUGGAGAAAAUCUAAAUCAUGAGCUAUUUCUUCCACUUCAAGGAGACAAUGUGGAUAUUUUAACCAUAAACCAGCCUACACGAUACUUAUCCAAUAUUACUACUGAAUGCAUUUCAAUAAAUGAAGAUGAAGCAAGUGGUUCUGAAGCAAGUGGUUCUGCGUGUACUUUAAAUGUCAAUGUUCCUACGACCAAGGAACUCGAUGAUUUAAAGGAACAUUGGAAAACAUUUUGUAAUGAAAUCCUGAUACAUCUUGACGAUAAUCCAAUAGAAUUGUAUCCUGCAAUUUCCAUUUUCCUAAAAAAUAGAGAAAAGUGUGCUAAUAGUAACAACUCUCUUAUAUUAGGGUUGCAUAAUUCUUUUAAAUACCACGGAACAACUCCAAAGCAUAAACGCCUGGGUAUAAAAAAAGGAAAAAUGAUAAGUGUGCAGCCAACAAGUGCAGCUAGAAGAAAAUCGGCAAUGGGUGGCAAAAAACAUUCCUCAGCUGUAUUUCUUCAAAAAUCUGUAAGUGUUGACUUGCAGUUAAAUAAAGCAGUUCGUGACAAAAUUAAAGAAAAUCGAAGUAAAUUAUUUCCGAUUGUUUCAACAAUUGUUUUAUGUGGAACACAAGAUUUAGCAUUGCGCGGAAAAGAAACUACAGACGGAAAUUUUCAAACAUUGAUAGAUUUCCGUGUUGAGUCGGGUCAUACUGUAUUAGCUGACCAUUUAAAAAAUUCUUCUGGAAAAGCAAAAUAUAUUUCACACAGAGUUCAAAAUGAAAUAAUCAAUAUAUGCGGUUCUGUAAUCCGAAAAGAAAUUAUAGAGAAAAUUAAUAAUCAAAACACAGUUGCUUUUUCCUUAAUUGCUGAUGAAACAGCAGACAUUUCUGGUUGGCCAAACGACAAACAAUGUGCCAAUUACUUGGCUAAUUCUGUACAGGAUUAUUUUAAGGUGUCUUUCUUUAUACCCUAUAUAGACUCAUUUUUGUAUUCCAUAAAUAAUAGACUUUCAGACGAAAAUAAUCCAAGCUUUUUUCUUUUCAAUUUACAUCCUGAAAAUUUACUUAAAUUAACUAAAGAAGAGUAUUUAAAAUCAAUGAAUGAUAUUUGUAAAUUGUACGAGAUAGAAAAUUUAAAAGAAGCACAAACAUGGCACUAUUUCUGGAAACAUAAAGAAAACAGAAUUGUUCUUUCAAUGAUUGACUUGACUUACUAG